AUGGCCUCCAUCUCAGAGCUCACCUAUGUUUACUCAGCCCUCAUUUUGCAUGAUAAUGAGGUGACCCUCACAGAGGAUAAGAUAAAUGCCCUCAUUAAAGCAACUGGUAUAAAUGUUGAACCUUUUUGGCCUGGCUUGUUUGCAAAGGCCCUGGCCAAUGUCCACAUUGGUAGCCUCAUCUGCAAUGUAGGGGCUGGUGGACCUGCUCCAGCAGCUGGUGCUGCACCAGCAGGAGGUCUUGCCCCCUCCACUGCUGCUACCCUGACUGAGGAGAAGAAAGUGGAAGCAAAGAAACAAAAAUUUGAGUAA